AUGAUUCAUGCUGGAAAAGCGUCUGCUUAAACGAAGAAUGAAGAAAAUACACUACAUUGCCUAUGUAAUUUGUCCAACAUUAACAGUAUUAUUUAGCUUGAUAAUAGGCUUUGUUACUAUGUAUUUAGAAAAUACUAUACCACCAUUGUUUGUAUUCUUGUCGGUUCAAUUCUAUUUAAAUUGGUAUCUUGUUUAUAAUAUAAACAAAAAAGCUAUUAUACCAUUUACUAUGGCCACUUGUCGAGAAAGUGAAGGUAAAGGAACAAGAUUCUGGUACUGUGAAAAAUGCAAACAUUAUACUCGUAGGCCAGCUCAGCAUUGUAUGCUGUGUAAAAAGUGCUUUUAUUAUCGUGAUCAUCAUUGUUUUUUCCUAGGAGGUUGCAUAUUGCGGCAAAAUAUGGGAAAUUUUAUUCUAGUUUGCUUUUAUGCUUCUUUUGCCUGUUUUUAUUCUAUAUUUAUAGUCGGCCCAUAUCUAUAUGAUUACUAUAUACAGUUGGACACCACUAAACUCAACAUUUAUUAUUUUGCUUUGAAUUUCUUUUUUCCAAUUACAUUGACAAAAUAUUUAGUGAUUGGCGAUGAAAGCAUUAAUGUAUUUUUAGUUACUUUAUUCAAUGUCUCAGUUUCUAUUGCUUGUUUUACUCUUCUUUAUGGACUUUGGAAAUUAUAUACUUGCUUAUCCGGGAGACAAAGGUAUCACCCUGAUGAUGGAAAACGGCAAGAUGUUUAUGAAAUCUUUGGAAGUUACGGAUUAUUUAACGUAAUAUUUCCUUUCAAUGGAUUUUUGCACUCCAGGAAUAUUGACGAAAACGCACAUAUAUUUACAUAGCACUCGCACGAUAACACAUUGAAAAAAUAACCCAGCUCAGAGAAAUCUUUUCCAACAAAA